AUGGUGAGCCUGCGGCAGAUGUUUUCGUCGAAGAAGUCACAGGCGCUGCUCGUGCUGCUGCCCGAUGGCUCCAUGAAGAUGUACACCAAGAAGAUGACCGUUAAAGACUUGCUCCUCGAGUUUCCCGCCUUCACCGUCGCUCUCGACCCCGCGCCCGCGCCCGCGCUCGACGAAGAAACCGUUCUCGCCGCCGGCGGUACUUAUUAUCUUAAUCCUUUAGACGGCGAAUCGCCCGAUGCAGACGCCGCAGGUAACGAGCGCCCUGCCCUCCCGCCGCGGAGCGCAAGCUGCGACCAGGGCGGCGGGUCGCAGGUUGCGCGGGAAGCGGGGGGAGUGCCUUCGCGGACCUUUUCCGCCGCCGCUGCUCUCGCGCGCGUGGAUGACGGCCUCGGGGAAGCCGCUGCGCCGGCGGCGGAGUCCGCUGCCCCAGCAGCGCCCGCAAAGCCGAAGGAAACGGACAGCUAUGCUGACGUGGACGACGAGCUGCUUGCGUACCUGGAUCUGGGCGACACGCCAGCAGCGCCGCCCGCCCCUCCCGCGUCGCGCCACAUCACGAAAUUCGGGCAGGAGGACGCGUCGCUCUUUUCAGACGCUGGCAGCUCCCUCGGGGGUAGCGCGCGGGGUUCCCCUGCUGUCGGGGGAAAUUCUCCGUCUGGGUUCGGCGGGCCUGUGCUCUCAGGCAUGAACGCUCUGAGCGGGCCAAUGGGGGGCGGGUCUCUAAUGGGUGGCGUCAUGGCGCGGAGAUCUAUGGGCAUGGAGUAUGGUGGGAGUUUUCAACAACAGCAACAGCUGCAGCAGCAGCAGCAGUACUACCAGCAGUCGCCGUCCAGGCCUACUGCAGCAGGAGGUGCGGCAUGUUAUGGCGGUAUUCUAGGCCGCACUGCCAUGAUGUCAAUGAAUGCAGGAUCGAGCCCGAGCCACAGUGCGAAUGGUAGUACUGGCGGCGGUGGUGGUAACAGUGGUAACCUUCUCUUUGGAGGGCACAUGGGGGGUAACAUGGCACCACCGCCUACAGGCAGUAAUAUGAUGAUGGGAGGCGCUUCUGCUGCGGCAGCAGCAGCGGCGGCUGCGGCUGCAGCGGGUGGCAACAUGGGCAUGGGAGGAGGGCAGUACAGAAGGCCAGGGCCAAAGAUGGGAGUGAUGGGUGGGGUACCGCUUGAAUCUCCUGCCACACAUCUAGACCGCAACGACAGCUACUCGAGUGCUGGGUCAGGGGGAGGUUCAGGAACGUUUAACGUGUGGUAA